GAUCUCUCUCGUCAUCAUUUCACCUUUACAGAGCAACAAAGACAGACUGUAUGCAGUUGUUGAGGAUGCUGAAAUAGCAAACACUGAGUCAUCUGCAUUUGCUGAACAGCCAACAGGAACGCCCUCUCUCUGAAAUGACCUUUGAUUUGUCGAAGUCUCUCGUCACAGGCUAGAUUUUCUAAAACCUGAAAACAAAGCCAAGAAGAGAAAUGGCCUCCAGCAACAGUCUUUUAUCUGAGGAUCAGUUUCUUUGUCCCAUCUGUCUGGAUGUGUUCACUCGCCCAGUUUCCACUCCAUGUGGACACAACUUCUGCAUGUCCUGUAUCUCAUCUUACUGGGACGAUACACCAGUCAGCCAGUGUCCAGUCUGUAAGGAGACAUUUGAGAGGAGACCGGACCUCAAGGUCAACACUUUCAUCUCAGGGCUUGCAUCGCAGUUCAUGUCGCUUCAAGUGACAGACUCUCACAUCUGGAGCCCGGACCAACAGCAGGCUCGCUGUGGUGGAGUGGUGCUGUGUGAUAUUUGCACUGACACCCAGCAAGAGGCUGUCAAAUCCUGCCUGGAGUGUCUGACUUCUUACUGCGACGUCCAUCUAGAGCCUCAUCACAGAGCUGCCGGCCUGAAGAGACACACACUGGUUGACCCCUUGGCGAGCCUGCAGGACAGGAUCUGCAAGGAGCACGCCAGAUGCCUGACAUUGUUCUGCACAGACGAUGGGGUUUUGCUGUGUGACAUCUGUGCCAGUUUGCGCCACAUGAAGCAUGGUGUAGUUUCUGUGCAGCGAGCUUAUAAAGAGAAGAAAGCUUUGCUGGGGGACACUGAGGCCAAAGUGCAGCAGAUGAUCCAGGAGAGGCUGCAGAAGGUCCGAGUCAUGAAGGAGUCAGUAGAACAAAGCAAGACAGAAACCAAAGAUGUGAUCGCAAUCAGCGUGCAGGACUUGACGGUGCUGGUCUCUGAGAUCCAGAAGAGCCAGAUGGGGCUUGUGAAGGUGAUGGAGGAGAAGCAGAAAGCAGCAGAAGAACAGGCAGAUGGGUUUAUUAGCAGUAUGGAGCGAGAGAUAACCGAGCUGCAGAGCACAACAAUGAAGCUGAGGGAGCUGAAACAGACUGAAGACCAGCUUUGUUUCCUCCAGAGUUUCCCAAACCGAUCCAUCCUACCACACACAAUGGACUUGUCCACAUUAAGUUUAAACAGACAAGCGGAGAUACACCACGUACGGAAAUCUCUGAACAAAUCAGUGUCUCAGCUGCGAAUGAAUUUGAAUACAAUGAACACAGAAAUACAAAAACUCUCUGACAGCACAGACGUGUCAAACAAUGCUACGCUGAGAUAUGUGCAGCAGUAUGAAGUGGACGUUGUUCUCGAUCCUGACACUGCUAACCCUAGCCUCAUUUUAUCUAAAGACAGGAAACAGGUGAGAUACAGCAUGGAUUCCAGUGUUCGGAGAAACCAGAACGUGAACCCUAAAAUGUUCACUGUAGCUCUCGCAGUUCUGGGAAAGAAAGGCUUCUCACGUAAGUUUUACUUUGAAGUGUUUGUGGGUGGAAAGACAGAGUGGUGUCUGGGCGUGGCCAAGGCUUCAGGCCAGAGGAAGGGGAAAUUUGUUCGGUGUCCCGGCUCUGGAUUCUGGGUCAUCCGGUUCCAGAAGGACAAGUUCGAAGCCGUCCUUUCACCAAACAUGCUGGUACACUCAGGAAAAGUGGAGCGGGUCGGCGUGUUUGUGGAUUAUGAUGGCGGGCAAAUUUCUUUCUAUGACGUACAGACAGCAACACUCAUUCACUCGUUCACUGAGUGUGUCUUUACUGAGAAACUGCAUCCGUUCUUUAAUCCUUGUGACAAUGAAUAUGGUUCAAACUUGGGGCCGAUGAUAAUUGUUCCUGUCGGUCACACAGAGUGAACGGAAGUGUCAGAGACUCAGUGAUUUGAGAUAUAAAAAGAGAUAUUUACUAAAAUGCAAUUGAUGUCUGAUGUGUUUGACUGCAAUUAGGAAUGUCUGUUUCAAUUAAUAUUGCUUUUGGUUGCCUGACACCCAUUAACUGGUAGUCUCGCCACCAGACAAUCAGAGAUCUCCGCCUUCUGAUAGUAUGGGGACACUCCUUUCUAAAGUGUGUUUAACACACCAGAGAAAACGGCCGGCAACAAAGCAACGCCUCUUGCAUUUUUGAAAAGGACACGCCCUCCCAGAAAUGUGCGUCUGUGCUCAGUCCACAAGAUUGUGGAAAUGAAGGACUUACAGCGACUUGAGCCGUUUUGUAGCGCUACACGUGUUUCUAGUCAGACUAUGUUUACGAGCACAAGAGUUCAGCGAGCCACCGAAGGACCACCCUGCGGAUUUACUAUUGGUUCUUCAACGCAGGGAGUUUUUUUUAAACUCUGAAAUUGUAUCCGCCCAUCUAAACACAAAAUCAGGGAGAAAGUCAUCAGUCUUUAGUUAAGCAAAGCGUCUAAAGACUGACUUGUGAGUCUAAUUAACUGGUAACUAACCGGUUAAUUUUAAAGAAAAAAAAAUAACGUAAAAUGACGUGAAAUACAAGAUGCCUUUACUUUAAGUCCAAGGCUUCACUGACUGGGUGAGCUUUAGCACUGCAUUUCAAAUAGCGAUGCACCGAAUAUUUGGUAACCGAAUAUAUUCGGCCGAAUAUUGGGGGAAAAAAACACUCAUUCGGUGGAAUAAGUGAAAAGCAAGACUGAAUAAUAGCGGUGUGUUUUGAUAACGCAAUCAAACAGCGUGCAGUGACGGACAGAGUAAAAUGUCGGCAGUGUGGCGAUAUUUUACUCCCUCCGUCACCGCACUCGCAUUUGUGACUAAAAAUAGUUCUGUGCGAGCAAAAUAAAUCAUUCAGCACGCUGUGUGGGUACAGAUUUCAACCAGCAGCAGCAAUACGGCAGCCAUAGUGCUCCACGGUGCAAGAUAAAGCUUACCGGCGACGGAGAAGUCCGGCUCCAAUAAUGUCCUCUUCUUGGCGUCAUGACUGCCCAAAAGUACCUGGACAGCCAAGCCGUGGCAGCACACAGGUAUGUGGCGUGUCAGAGGAGAAACGAGCCAUUCACAUUACUCUUUGUGGCAGGUAACGGUCCACAAACCUCACCGCACUUUAGGGACUGUUCUUUACUUGUCAGGGUAAGAGGGUGGCUAGUUGAUUUUUAUUUCAUUUAUUUAUUUUAUUGAAGUAUGAAUAAGUCAGGACGUAAUUUAUUCCAUUGAAAUAUCAUUGAUGUAUUAAAGAAAAGUGACUUAUCUUUUUAUUAAUGACAAAUGGCACAUCUGCCUCUUUUUCGCUGUGGUAUCGUGAUACUACUCAGAACCAUGAUAUUUUCACUGGUAUCGUACCGUGGGUCCCAAUUUUGGUACCGUGACAACACUAAUCUGGAGGGGGUUCAUCUGCAAAAACUAAUGAAAAACUAAACAACGGUAUUCGGCCAAGCGUUUAAUUUUAUUUAGCUUCGGCCACAAAUUUUUAUUUCGGUGCAUCCCUAAUUUCAAAGCACUGUCCAUUUAGAGGACACAGCGCCCACCGCACACCCUCCGGUUUCCACUGGUGAGCUGACGUUAGCCUCAGCUGCUCACACCAGCCGUGUCUGGUUGAUGCUAGCUAGCAGCACUACAGAUUCAUGAUUACUGCUGGUAACGGCGACCAGGUGGUGGGCAGACACUGCAGAAACAUAGUGGUCACCUUUCGGGCACUAUGUUUCUGCAUGACAGUGAGGCUGGCCAGCUGUGUGCCUCCCACCAAAUCCAGGUAGUGCACAGGGCAGUAAACUGAAGAAUAGCAAAAUUAACCUAUAACUUAACCUUCAAAAAUAUUCCCUGCGGUUAAUUGAUUAAUGGUCAACCAUCAACAUCACCAACUGCAAUUAAAAAUGUUGUCAAAAAUACACAAUAGAAAUCAAUAGAAAUGUAAGAAGUGCAGAUUAAACAAUUUGAUUAAGUGAGGUGGUGCUGUUAAUGUUUGUUUUGGUUGCAGAAAACACUUCAUAAUAAUUAUUUCAAAGAGGAAAAAAUAGUUGUUUAUGGGUAAGAUGUUUUACAACAAAUCUAUAUCUUUAGAAUUUGUUUUGCUCAGGGGACAAUGGCAAUAUCUGUGCGAUUCCCCAUUGUAAAAAAAUACUUUUUCCCUUUUAAGUAUAAAGAGGCACUAGAGGUAAAAGUUUUCUGAAAUUUUGUUUAAAUAUGCAAAUAACGAAGUAUGCAAUUAAAUAUGCACUGAUUUCCAGGACUUUAAA